CCACUAUUGAUGCAGAUGGACAGGGAUUUUGUCAAGGUGGAUUUAGUAUUGACUUUACAAAGGGAGACAGAGUGCUCCUUGGAGGACCUGGAAGUUUCUACUGGCAAGGCCAACUUAUUUCUGAUCGAGUGACAGAAAUUGUGGCUAAAUAUGACUCCAAAGUCUACAGUACAAAGUAUGAUGACCAGUUAGCAACCAGACCUGCCAGUGCUGCUUUUGAUGACAGCUACUUGGGUUAUUCGGUGGCUGUUGGAGACUUCAAUGGUGAUGGUAUAGAAGACUUUGUAUCAGGAGUCCCAAGAGCAGCGAGAACUCUGGGCAUGGUGUCUAUUUACAAUGGGAAAAACAUGUCUUCCAUGCACAACUUCACUGGAGAGCAGAUGGCUGCCUAUUUUGGGUAUUCGGUGGCUGCCACAGAUAUCAAUGGUGACAAUUACACAGAUUUGUUUAUUGGAGCACCUCUUUUUAUGGAUCGAGGUUCUGAUGGGAAGCUUCAAGAGGUCGGCCAAGUUUCCAUUUGCCUUCAGCGAGCCUCUGGAGGGUUUCAGAUCACAAAGCUGAAUGGUUUUGAGAUAUUUGCAAGAUUCAGCAGUUCUAUUGCACCUCUGGGGGAUCUAGAUCAGGAUGGCUUCAAUGAUAUUGCAGUUGCUGCACCAUAUGGCGGAGAGGACAAGAGAGGACUUGUCUAUAUCUACAAUGGAAGAGCAAAUGGUUUGAAUGCAGUCCCAUCUCAAGUUCUUGAAGGGCAGUGGGCUGCUCGUACUAUGCCACCCAGCUUUGGGUACUCACUGAAAGGAGCCACAGACGUGGACAAAAAUGGAUAUCCAGACUUGAUUGUUGGAGCCUUUGGUGUUGACACAGCUGUUUUGUAUAGGGCUAGACCAGUUAUUAGAGUGAAUGCUGCCCUGGAAGUUAAUCCAACCAUUCUAAACCCAGAAAACAAAGCCUGUUCACUGUCAGAUGUAAAAGUUUCUUGCUUCAAAGUAAAGUUCUGCUUAAAAGCUGAUGGCAAAGGAAAGCUCCCUAAUUCACUCAAUUUCCAAGUGGAGCUGCUGUUGGAUAAACUUAAGCAGAAAGGAGCUAUAAGGAGAGCUCUCUUUCUCCACAGCAAACAGCCUAGCCACUCUAAGAACAUGACUAUUACAAAGGGAGGCAAAAUGAAUUGUGAAGAACUUGAUGCCUUUUUGAGGGAUGAAUCUGAAUUUAGAGACAAACUAACUCCCAUUACUAUUUUUAUGGAAUAUCGUCUGGAUUACAAAACAGCUGCAGAUGCAACAGGAUUGCACCCUAUCCUCAACCAGUUCACUCCUGCUAAUAUGAGCAGACAGGCACAUAUUCUGCUGGAUUGUGGUGAUGAUAAUGUCUGCAAACCAAAGCUGGAGGUUUCGGUAGAAAGUGAUCAGAAGCAGAUCUACAUUGGUGAUGACAAUCCCUUGACCCUAAUUGUCAGUGCUGAGAAUCAAGGGGAAGGAGCCUAUGAAGCAGAACUCUUUGUCAUCGUUCCUCCCCAAGCAGAUUUCAUUGGUGUUGUUCGUAACAACGAGGCUUUAGCAAGACUGUCAUGUGCGUUUAAAACAGAGAAUCAAACUCGCAUGGUAGUUUGUGACCUGGGAAAUCCCAUGAAAGCAGGAACUAAGCUAUUAGCUGGCCUGCGUUUCAGCGUGCACCAGCAGUCUGAAAUGGAUACAUCUGUGAAGUUUGACUUGCAAAUCCGAAGUUCUAACCUGUAUGACAAUCUAAGUCCGGUAGCGUUCUAUCAGGCUGACCUUGCCAUUUCAGCAGCUGUUGAAAUUAGAGGUGUGUCGUCUCCUGAUCACAUAUUCCUUCCUAUUGCAAAUUGGCAGCCGAAGGAGAAUCCAGAAACAGAAGAUGAUAUUGGGCCUCUAGUUCAGCAUAUCUAUGAGCUGAGGAACAACGGUCCAAGUGCAUUCAGCAAGGUGAUGAUGACUCUGCAGUGGCCUUACAAAUACAAAAACUACACACUGUUGUAUAUUGUUCAGUAUGAAAUUGAUGGGCCUAUGAACUGCACUUCUGAUAUGGAAAUCAAUCCAUUGAAAAUUAAGAUUUCUGCUUCUAAAGAUGAUGACAAGAAUGAAACACUUAGCAGGGAAGAUAACCACGAUCAUCGCAUCACUCGAAGGGAUACAACUGCCAUUGAAGAAGAUGUGCAUACUUUGGGCUGUGGAACUGCUGAUUGUUUAAAGAUAGUCUGUCAAGUUGGUCACCUGGAAAGGGGAAAGAGCGCAAUAUUGUAUUUAAAAUCACGCCUUUGGACCCAAACUUUCAUGAAUAAAGAAAAUCAGAAUCACUCCUAUUCUCUGAAAUCGUCUGCUUCUUUCAAUGUUAUAGAGUUCCCUUAUAAGAACCUUUCCUUUGAAGAUAUCCACAAUUCUACAGUAGUUGCUACAAAUAUUACAUGGGGCAUUCAACCACAGCCUAUGCCUGUGCCAGUGUGGGUUAUAAUUUUGGCUGUCCUAGCAGGAUUAUUGCUUUUGGCUGUUCUCGUGUUUGUUAUGUACAGGAUGGGCUUUUUCAAACGCGUGAGACCACCUCAGGAAGAGCAAGAAAGAGAACAACUGCAACCACAUGAGAAUGGGGAAGGAACAUCAGAAGCUUAAGCAGAGUUUUAUCUGUAAGACAUUCUGAAAUUUUAAAAUGCCUACAUCUUGGUUACAAAUACUGGUUUCCCCUUAAGGAAAAAAACACUCAUGACUGCAAAGCUACUGGUCUCAGAAGGUAUCAGCACAUACAAAAUAAGAGCAAUAUACUUAAAUCCUCCGUUUUUGUAUUAAUUAUGUUUCUGCAUGUGACUAACGUGUCUGCACUGAUUUGUGUGUGAAAAAAGUAAUAUGUAGUGCUAUGAUUGUGCUUAUUGGGAUGUAGGAAACAUCAUCUUUGAUUCAUGGAUCAACUUUACAUGAAUUGCUACACAAAUUCUGCAUUUGCUCUUGAAGCUAACAGCUUCCAUAGAUACUUGCUGGAUUACACAUUUAGUUUCAAC